AUGUCUGAACAGAAACAAUUUCUGCGUCUGGACGUGGUGGAUUCGCUUCCUCGACGCAAUGAGGAUUGCGACUUUUGGUGGCAAUCAACUGGUCCUCAACUUUGUGCUCUCCUCCACGAAGCCGGUUACAGUAUUGGCCAGCAGUAUGAGGGUCUACUCUUUCACUAUCAUGUGGUUGUGCCACGUCUUGGUCCACGGCUAGCGUCAUCUUCUUCUCCCAACGAGUCGACACAAGUAUGGAAGUCAUUCGUGCAGGACGACUUCAAAACCAUCGAAUUUAGCUGGAAGUGGGAUACUGGAAAGGAAUUGUCAAAUGGAAGAAUGUCAAAGCCUGAUCUCAGAAUGGCCAUUGAGGCAGUCGGUCUCCUUGCAGGAAAAGCACCAGAUCCUUUCAAUCAGAUUGCCACGAAAGAAGUUCUCCACGAGCUAGACUUCGUAAAUUCGAAAGUUGAUUUGACAUGGUUUUAUCAAGUUUAUCAUGCUAUAUUUGGAGAAUCGGAUGCCACUGAAAUAAGCGAGCAUAUUGAAGCAGCAAGCAUGGCGGAAGUGGGUACUUCAUCCAUUUUUCUUGCGUUUCAAUUUUUGAGAGGCGACCCCAAGAACGAUUCUCCCAUUAAGUCUUAUUUCAUCCCACCAAGGUCAGCACAACCUGACGGAGCUAUCAUUGGACCUCAUGAAAGAAUCAUUGCAGCCAUUCGAAGCAUAGGACAAGAAGUGAAGAUGGAAUGGACUGCGUUAGACCAAAUGCUAUCAUUCAUGAGUGACAAUGAGAAUGGAAGGCAGUUGUCUACUCCUUUCAUGGUCUCGACUGAUUGCAUGAUAUCUUCAGAAUGCAGAUUAAAGAUAUACUUCCGCACACCUAGAUCGAGCUUUGAUUCGGUAGUAGAUAUUCUUAGUAUGGGGGGAAAGCGAGCCGGGUUUGAGAAGAACUUGCAGGAAUUGAAGGACCUUUGGCGCUUGACCCUUGACCUUCCGGUGGGAUUCUCAACAUCUGAGGACCUGCCCCUAAGAAAGGAUACUACUAGUGGUAUGUGCUACCAUUUUGAAAUCCAUCAAGCAAACGCGCUUCCAGAUAUCAAAUUGUACAUACCAACCAAGCAAUAUGGAAAGUCGGACAUGAAGGUUGCUGAAGGACUCACCAAAUUUCUUGGGCUGUAUAGAAGGGGAAAUUAUGCAAAAGGAUACAUCAGAGCACUAAAACAAUUGGCGCCCCUGCAUCAGCUCGAGUCAUCUUCUGGUGUUCAAUCAUACAUAUCUUGUGCAUUUGACAGAGAAAGUCUAAGCAUCACGACCUAUUUUAAUCCUUACAUCCCGCCUGCUCACUGA